AACUAGAAUAAACGAAAAAAACUGAGGUACCACAGUACUUAUUGGAUCCGCAAUCUGACCUACAUGUUAUCUUCUAGUUCAGCAGGGUGUCUCAGUGCAGGAGAUCCACACCAGCCACGAGAACAUCAAGAAGAUCAACUCGGCAGCAGAGAGUAAUGUAUUUCAAAAUGUCCCAAAUGUUCCCGGGAUCUCUUAAGGCAGUGUUUUUUUUGGGAGAGGUGUUGGGGCUACCAUGAACACUUUUAGACGCCAGAGUUCAUUCAAGAAAAUAUUCAAGUUUUGAUAUUGAUAUUACCAUGGCGGCACGGUGGUCGAGUGGUUAGCGCACAGGCCUUACAUCUAGGAGACCGGAGUUCAAUUCCACCCUCGGGUGAACCGGGUACUCCGGUUUCCUCCCACAUUCCAAAAACAUGCUAGGUUAAUUAGCGACUCCAAAUUGUCCAUAGGUAUGAAUGUGAGUGUGAAUGGUUGUUUGUCUAUAUGUGCCCUGUGAUUGGCUGGCCACCAGUCCAGGGUGUACCCCGCCUCUCGCCCCAAGACAGCUGGGAUAGGCUCCAACACCCCCGCAACCCUCGUGAGGAAAAAGCGGUAAAAUGAAUGAAUGAUAUGACUAUGGCGACACGGUGGACGAGUGGUUGGCGCGCAGACCUCACAGCAAGGAGACUAGGGUUCAAUUCCACCCUCGGCCAUCUCUGUGUGGAGUUUUUCAUGUUCUCCUCGUGCAUGCGUGGGUUUUUCCCGGGUACUCCGGUUUCCUCCCACAUUCCAAAAACAUGCUAGGUUAAUUAGCGACUCCAAAUUGUCCAUAGGUAUGAAUGUGAGUGUGAAUGGUUGUUUGUCUAUAUGUGCCCUGUGAUUGGUUGGCCACCAGUCCAGGAUGAAGACAGCUGGGAUAGGCUCCAGCACCCCCUGCGACUACGGUCGGUUAGUGAAAAUGGUUAGUGAUACAUGCAUACUGUAAAUGAGAAAAAUGUCAUCUCCACAAGGGGGCGCUGCAAAUACAGUUUGGGAACCACUCUCUUAAGAGGUUUUAAGAACGACAAACAAAACGCCAAUCAACCAACAAUAAUUGUCUCUUUUUAUGAUCUUGGUCCACUGGAAGUGAUGCAGUGCUCGGGGGCCAUGGACAUCCUCUUCCUCAUGGACGCUUCUUACAGCGUGGGAAAGGGAAGCUUUGAGCGCUCCAAACAUUACGCCAUCAAACUCUGCGAAGCCCUCGACAUCGGGCCGGGAAAGGUGCGUGUUGGACUCAUCCAGUUUGGCUCAGUCCCUCGGUUGGAGUUCGCAUUGGAUUCUUACACCAGUAAACGCAAGCUGAUGAUGAGGGUGAAGAAGAUUUCUUACAGGGGCGGCAGCACCCAGACCGGCCUGGCUCUGAAGUACGUGCUCAGAAAAGGCUUCCCAGGCGGCCGCAACUCCUCCGCCGCGGCCCGUGUCGUCAUCCUGCUAUCAGACGGGAUGUCGCAGGGCAACGGCGUACAGGCGGCCGCAGUGCAGCUCAAAAAGGAAGGCGUUGUGUUAUUCGCUGUUGGCCUGCGCUACCCAAGGUGGGAGGAGCUUCACACCCUGGCCAGCGAGCCAAUGGAGAGCCACGUUUUCUUUGCUGAGCAUUUCCACGAUGCUGUCAAUGGCUUGUACACGACGCUUAGCACCAUCUCGCUGUGCAAUGCCACGCCUGCAGGCUGCCACGUGGAGGCGUUUCCCUGCGUGAGAAAGACACUGGAGACGGUGAAGGAGCUGCAGGGGAAUUUUAUGUGUUGGAAAGGCUCCAAGGGGUACUUCCCACACACUUCUCUGUGUCCGUACUACAGGUACAAAAAGGCCUACAAGGGGCAUGCAACCGUCUGCCAUCGAACCAUCUGUCCUGAUCCCUGUGACUCCCAGCCAUGUCUGAACGGAGGAACAUGUGUCUCAGAAGAUGCUGACACCUACAGUUGUGUGUGUCCACCUGGCUAUGGAGGAGACCCUCAUUGUGCUCCUGCUUUGUCACUGGAUUGUUCAGUGGACCUUCUUUUCCUGUUGGAGGGCUCUGCCAGGCUCCCUUUGGAGAACUUCCUGCGCCUCAAGUCCUUUUUGAUGCGCUUCCUGCAGACCGUCAUCGGCUCCGACACGCCCAGCAGAGUCGGCCUGGCCGUGUUUGGCGGAGACACUCAAGUCUCCGCGCGGGUGGGCGAGUUCCGAGGCAAUCUGAAGGGUCUCUUUAACGCCGUGGAUGCUCUGGAGCUCGUGGGCGGCGAGACCAAGACGGGCCAGGCGCUUCGGUAUGUCGCGCGCAACGGUUUCGUGAGCGCGCCGGUGUUCGCCGACGUCAGCGACGACCUCCCGCGUGUCGUGGUGUUGCUCACUGGCACGCGGUCUGCCGACGAGGUGGUGGAGAAUUCCAAGUACGCACAAGACAGGGAGAUCUUCCUUAUCGCUGUGGGACCGGAAAACCUGAAGGGGCACCUCAAUAACAUCACAGGAAACCCUCAAAGGACUCUGACCUAUGCGUCUCCAGGCGGGCUGGGUGCCAAAAUCCCAGAACUCAAGGCCAAGAUCUGCAGUGUGGACACACAAGGUUGCCUUGGACAAGCGGUUGACCUGGUCCUCGCCCUGGACGCCUCAGGCGGCGUCAGCCGCAGCAACUUCGCCACCCUGCGCGACUUUGCCCGCGGCCUCACCGUCCAAUUCGACGUCAACCGCGACUUGGCCCAGAUUGCGUUGGUCACCUACGGCCGCAAAGCCGCCACCGUCUUCACCCUGGACGCCCACCAAACGGGCUCCGCCAUCCUCAACGCAGCGGGCCAGGCGAGUUACAUCGGCGGAGUGGCGUCGACGGGCACCGCUCUGCUCCACGUGUACUCCGACGUCCUCACGGCGGCCAGGGGCGCGCGGGUCGGCGUCAACAAGGCUGUCGUCGUGGUGACCGACGGUUCCGGCAGCGACGACGCUUUUGUCCCGGCGCAGAAGCUACGAAACGACGGUGUGUCGCUGUUUGUCGUCGGCAUCGGCGACGUGCAAAAGGACAGGCUGCUGCACAUCGCCGGGCGCGAGGAGCACAUGAUCUCGGUGCCGUCUUACGAGGACCUCAAGUACUUUGAGGAUGUCCUGGUCCAGAUGUUAUGUUCAGAAGUGAAAAAGCCUGUCGACCUUUGCAAGCCCAACCCUUGCAUGAACAACGGAGUGUGUCUUCCAUCAGGAGGACAUUUUUACUGUCAGUGUCAAGGCUUUGAAGGACCUCACUGCGAAACACGAAAUACCAGAUCUUCAUCUAGAGGAGAUGUUGUGAGACCCGUUGGUCUGAAGAAGAGCAGAAGGCAGAGGAAGAGUAACCGGGAGCUCCUUCACUACUAUAAACUGCACCGCAGGAGACACGCAGCCUAAAAGUACACACUUUUUGCAGUAUAACAGAAACGUAUUUGCCCAGUAUGAACACUUGCAGGUGAACAAGUCAGUAGUUUUUUCUUUUUAGUGUCAUUUUCUCAUUUCAAACCAUGUUUAUAGUAGCCAUAUUAUCAUAUUAUGUACGAUACUUAUGUUGUUUCCUGUGUUAUACCUAUUACUUAAUUUACGUAAUGGGAGGAGCUUUAUAAUGGGGGGAUUUACACUUAUCACUAUUUUACAUAAGACACACUGAGAUCAAUAUGAAAAUAUGACAUUUGUAAAACCACAAUUCAUUUUCCAGCUCUUAUUUUGCACCUAUUAGGGCUGACGAUUGAUUUAAAUAUUUAAUCGUGAUUAAUCAAAUUUUUGUAUAUAGUUAACUCAUAAUCACAUUUAAUCGCGGAUGGGAAACAAUUUGAUUUUGGAAUUGAGGGCCAUUAUGUUAUUAAAAAAUAAUAUACAAUUAGAAAGUUUUUACAUUUUUAAAGGGGAACUGCACUUUUUGGGGAAUUUUACCCAUUAUUUACAAUUCUUAUGUGAAACAUUAAUACAUAUUUCUUUCACUUUGCUGUGCAUGAUAACGCCAUCAAUAUGAAAAUAUGACAUUUGUAAAACCACAAUUCAUUUUCCAGCUCUUAUUUUGGACCUAUUAGGGCUGACAGUUGAUUAAAAUAUUUAAUCGUGAUUAAUCAAUUUUUUUUGUAUAUAAUUAACUCAUAACCACAUUUAAUCACGGAUGGGAAAAAAUUUGAUACACAACUACAAAUUUUAUGUAAAGGGAUGUCAAUUUUGGAAUUGAGCGCCAUUAUGUUAAAAAAAAAAAUACAGUUUUUACAUUUUUAAAGGGGAACUGCACUUUUUGGGGAAUUUUACCCAUUAUUUACAAUCCUUAUGUGAAACAUGAAUACAUAUUUCUUUCACUUUGCUGUGCAUGAUAACGCCAUCAAUAUGAAAAUAUGACAUUUGUAAAACCACAAUUCAUUUUCCAGCUCUUAUUUUGGACCUAUUAGGGCUGACGAUUAAUUGAAAUAUUUAAUCGUGAUUAAUCCAAUUUUUUGUAUAUAGUUAACUCAUGAUCACAUUUAAUCGCAAAUGGGAAACAAUUUGAUACAACUAAAAAUUCUAUGUAAAGGGAUGUAAAUUUUGGAAUUGAGCGCCAUUAUGUUAUUAAAAAAAAUAUACAGUUUUUACAUUUUUAAAGGGGGAACUGCACUUUUUGGGGAAUUUUACCCAUUAUUUACAAUUCUUAUGUGAAUCAUUAAUACAUAUUUCUUUCACUUUGCUGUGCAUUAUAACUCCAUCAAUAUGAAAAUAUGACAUUUGUAAAACCACAAUUCAUUUUCCAGCUCUUAUUUUGGACCUAUUAGGGCUGAUGAUUGAUUAAAAUAUUUAAUCGUGAUUAAUCAAAUUUUUUGUAUAUAGUUAACUCAUAAUCACAUUUAAUCGCAGCUCGGAAACAAUUUGAUACAACUAAAAAUUCUAUGUAAAGGGAUGUAAAUUUUGGAAUUGAGGGCCAUUAUGUUAUUAAAAAAAAUAAUAUACAAUUAGAAAUCCUAUAGUUUUUACAUUUUUAAAGGGGAACUGCACUUUUUGGGGAAUUUUACUCAUUAUUUACAAUUCUUAUGUGAAUCAUGAAUACAUAUUUCUUUCACUUUGCUGUGCAUUAUAACGCCAUCAAUAUGAAAAUAUGACAUUUGUAAAACCACAAUUCAUUUUCCAGCUCUUAUUUUGGACCUAUUAGGGCUGACGAUUAAUUGAAAUAUUUAAUCGUGAUUAAUCCAAUUUUUUGUAUAUAGUUAACUCUUAAUCACAUUUAAUCACGGAUGGGGAAAAAAACUACAAAUUUUAUGUAAAGUAAAGGGAUGUCAAUUUUGGAAUUGAGGGCCAUUAUGUUAUUAAAAAAUAUAUAUACAAUUAGAAAUUCUACAGUUUUUACAUUUUUAAAGGAGAACUGCACUUUUUGGGGAAUUUUACUCAUUAUUUACAAUUCUUAUGUGAAUAAUUAAUACAUAUUUCUUUCACUUUGCUGUGCAUGAUAAUGCCAUCAAUAUGAAAAUAUGACAUUUGUAAAACCACAAUUCAUUUUCCAGCUCUUAUUUUGUACCAUUAGGGCUGAUGAUUGAUUAAAAUAUUUAAUCGUGAUUAAUCAAAUUUUUUGUAUAUAGUUAACUCAUAAUCACAUUUAAUCGCGAAUGGGGAACAAUUUGAUACACAACUAAAAAUUUUAUGUAAAGGAUGUCAAUUUUGAAAUUGAGCGCCAUUAUGUUAUUAAAAAAAUAAUAUACAAUUAAAAAUUCUACAGUUUUUACAUUUUUAAAGGGGAACUGCACUUUUACAAUCCUUAUAUGAAACAUGAAUACAUAUUUCUUUCACUUUGCUAUGCAUUAUAACGCCAGAAUACGAGUUAAUAUAAGCUAGCUAACAAUGUAUGUCAAUGGGACAACACCUAAGCCCUUUAUCGUUUCAUAUACUGCGAUCAUGCAUGGACGAGUACAUUGAUAACAUGUAAUACUUUACAGUAUUUUGCCUUAUUACUGUCCAUUACUGUCUCAUUUUAUAUCCAUAACUCGUUCCUGUUUCCGACAACCAAACUUUAUUAUUUGGUUGAAACGUUUAUGUUGACAUCAAUUCAAAAAACGUGAAACCUGUUUAGUCAGUACAUUUUUAUUUGAAUAAAAAGUGCAUUUUCUUUAGCUAGCAAACGUAUCUAUAAAGGCUGAAUAAGUGGUGUAAAUAUAAUAUGUACAUCUUGGCUACCAGCGUAUGUCGAACCAAGCUACAACUACAAUUCCCAGAAUGCUUUGCCCCAUCAGUGGUUUCAAACUUUAUGAUGCUUUUUUCAGUGUUCAAAGAAGAAGAAUAAAGAAGUCGACUGGCCGGAAUGCUACUGCAUU